AACAACAACAGCAGCAGCAGCAACAACAGCAACAGCAACAGCAGCUGUUACAUCAACAACAACUACAGAAGCAGCACCUGGAGUUGCAGCAGAGGCAUCUGAAAUUGCUGGAAUUGGAGAAGCAGAGGAUUGAGAAACAGAGGCAACAAACUGCUUAUAUAAACGCGCACGGCGGCGGCGUGGUGUGCGUGGGGCGCGGCGGCUCGUGCGGCGGCUCGCUCACCACGCACGCGGCCGGCCUGCGCGCGCCGCUGCAGCACUGCCGCGACCCGCACUCGCUCAUAGCCGCCAACGCGCUCAGGCGGCGGGACGAAGCAGCAGCGCAGGCGGCCGCCAAGCCCCCCGAGGACCCGAAGAGCGACGGUCGCAAGCAAACGUGGGAGCAGGCGCUGGCCCAUAUCAACCAGCUCGCCAAGGGGAACAAGGAUAAGAAAAAGCAGAAGGACAAAGAACAGAAGAAGCAAGAAGACAAAGCCUCCAAAGAGCAGCAACAGCAACAGCAGCAGCGAUCCAACUCACUGCCGGAGACACAACAGCUGUCCAAGAAGCAGAGGAAACUGCUCGCUAAGCAACAGGCUGAAGAAGAAGAGAAGAAGAAACAACAGCAGCAACAGCAACAAGAGACCAAGAAGAAGGCUGAAACAAAGAAACCAGAAGUCAAGACUGAACCCAAGAAGGCCGAGAAGAAACCGGAGCCCGCCAAGAAGGUGGAGCCCGCUAAGAAGGAGGACAAGAAAGAGAAGGCAGCUGAAAAGAAGGAGAAGAAGAAAGAGAACAAGCAGGAGAAGACGCCACCACCACAACCGAAAGCGAAGCAACCGCCGCAACAGCCACAACCACAAGCUAACAGCAAGAAGGAGAAUAAGAAACAACAGCAACAACAACAACAGCAACAACAGCAGCAGCAGAAGCCGCAAGUUGUUAACAUCACUUCAGAUACUACCAUACAAGUUGUUAAUAAAAAGACCCCUUGCAAUGCUGAGCCAGAGAAGCCGGCCUCGUGCAGCAUCAUGGAACAGCUCAGCUGUGGGGUACAGGUGGCGGACCUCAAACUACCUCCUGGUAUCACUCUGACGCGCGUCCAACCGAACGAGAGGAAGGAACCUCCUCCCAUCAAGUCUGUGCCGCUGUGGAAGUGCGGUCAGCUGGCAGCGCCGCCGACGCCGGCCCCGCGCGGGCCCGCGCUCAUCACGGCCGAGCCCGCCACGCACAGCUACUACAGCCCCGCGCCGCCGCCCGCGCAUGAACCGCCAAAACCAGUAGUAAUACCAGAACCAACGCCGGCCCCAGUCGGCAAAUCAAAGAAAGCCAAAAAGAAGGCAAAGAAAGCCGCCGCCGCCGCCGAGGCCGACACCAAACCCGACGGAAGCAAGAUUGUGACCCUACGGAACCCAAUGUUCCAUCCCAACCUCCCACCAGUGCAAAUAACUAACCAAACAGCGCAGAAGAAGCAGGAACAGAUUCGAAUCCCGGACCCCAUACCCAUGCCGCCCAACGCCUGCCAAGCGACCAUCACACCCACUUCAAAUGGAAUGUACACCAUACGAAACCCGUUAAUGACCAUGAUGCAUCAACAGAGCUUAAUGGGAGUGAGGAACCCAACCCCACCAACCAACCCCAUGUACGGACAGUACAACUACGUCAACCCGAACACGUACAACCCAACCCCAAACCCUAAUACCAACCCAACACAGUACCCUGAAAGCAAACCGGACGACUUUCAAACCCGGAUUAUGAAUCUUGCAUCGUUCACACAGAAAAACGACGAAGGCUACUCCCUGUUCAAGACCAACGAUGACAACCACCAGCGCAGCUUCCUAACACCAGAAUAUUACGAGGAACAAACACCGAAAUCCGUCGUCUCGCCCAAUCCUAUCGGCACUCGACCGGACUCGACUAGAUACGAUAACGACACAUCACUAUUCGCCAACUCGACUAUACAGCGACCGGAGCCUAUAGGCACACCACUAAAACGCGAAGAAAAUCAUGACUACGCAGGGUUGUAUACACCGUUUGGGCAAGAAGAUAGGAAUGUAUUCAGAAACGCUUUGUUCAGUGAUCGUAAUGAGAUGAAAGAUGAUUUAGGGGUUAAUCACAUGGCUAACGGGGACUCGCUUCCGUACUUCCAGAGACUCAGGGUUGGGUCCAAGUUGAAUAGUGAGGUGACAAUACAUCACGUUACCGAAUCCAAGUUUUAUAAGACGCAGGACCCCUGUGAGGUAGGCCCGGGCGGGCGGCCAGCGUGGCCGUCACAACUGUACGAGCCACCACCAGACGCCGGCCCGGUGUCCCCGACGGGGUCGUGCGGCAAGUGCGGCGCGUCCGACACGCGCUUCGGGCCCGUGGGCGCGCGCGCCAAGCAAGCGCAACACGACACCGAAUCCAGCGUGUUCCUCCCGGACUCGAGCAUAACCAACCUCUCGUCUCUGGAGGUGUCAGAGAGAGAGAUAGAAUCAUUCAAACGUUUCGACUUCUAUUUCGAACCGCCGCAACAUAAGCCGAAAGUCAGACUUGACGUCAGGGACAUAGCCGCGGCUUUGAGGCAGAAUCAUAAGUAAAAUGUUCAUGAAAAGACUUAAUGAUAAGGUAUUUGAUUUAAUAUAAUAUUACAAAGCUGUUUUGUCCGUCAGAUAGAUUUAUAAAUAAUAUUUAAUUUGUAUUUUUCAAUUUAUCACGUCAUUAAAACGAUGUGAGAUUUUAAUUCACUGGGGAUACAGAGAUUUAAAAUCUCGUGUGAUGUUGUUCAUUUUUUGUUAACGAGAAAAAAAUACGUAUCCAAUAUUGUUCAAA